AUGGAUUUCAUAUCUUCGCGCUCUCUUCUCUCCGCCGUAUUCUUGUUUGUUGGGCUUUAUGUCGCUUUGGGAAACAAAUUACCUCAACUACACACAGAUAUGUUUUCAAACUCGAAAAUAACCCCCAAGAUCCUCAUUGUUAGCUUGUUCUCUGCGGAAGCCGAUGUGUGGUAUGAGCACCUCCCUGAAACCCAAUUUGGAGACCUGCAGGCCCAGGCCAUCUCUAUCCCCGGCUUGAGCCCUCAAUACCCAUCAGUAUAUUGUACCGCAGACCGGGAUAUUUGCCAGGUCACAACCGGCAUGUCGGAGAUUAACGCUGCAACCACCAUCACCUCGGUCGUUCUGUCCGGGAAAUUUGAUUUCCGGAAGACAUAUUUUCUCAUCGCCGGUAUAGCUGGAGUAAACCCAAAGCACGCAACCCUCGGCAGCGUUGCUCUUUCUCAAUUCGCAGUCCAGGUUGCCCUGCAGUACGAAAUUGAUCCCAGAGAAGUACCGUCACAUUGGGAGACAGGCUACUUCUCCUUUGGAACUGAGAGCCCUGCUGCGUAUCCAACCGAGUUCUACGGCACAGAGGUCUUUGAGCUAAAUGGGGCACUUCGAGACUUGGCGGCCGGCUUUGCCUCUCUUGCGACAUUGAAUGACACUGAUUACGCGCAAAACUAUCGCUCCAAGUUCGGUUCAGCAGGUGAAGCCUACCACCCUGCCACACUGCCGCCGGCAGUGGUCAAAUGCGACGUGACCACCAGCGAUGUCUUUUUUUCAGGUCAUCACCUCGGCAAUACUUUCGAGAAAGUAGUUAGCACUUGGACCAGUGGUCUUGGCAAGUAUUGCAUGUCCGCUAUGGAGGACAAUGCCGUCCUCGAGGUGCUAGUUCGUUUCCACGUCUCCAACUUGGUGGACUACAACAGGGCAAUUCUCCUCCGCACAGGGUCCAACUUCGAUCGUGCACCGCCUGGGGUGGAUGCUGUCACCCAUUUACGCGGCGAGCAUCUGAACAGUAUACAGACUGCUAGGGCUAAUAUAUAUCUAGCAGGAAUAGAAAUUGUGAAGGGAAUACUCGGGGGGUGGGAUACCGUGUUUCUUCAAGGCGUUUCAUCUCCUAACUAUGUCGGUGAUAUCUGGGGUACACUGGGCGGGUUCCCUGAUUUUCGGCCUGGUGGUGGUCCGAAGGUGAAGGGCUGA